UUCAAGUCGAUCAUGAAGGUGCUCGUGGUACUGGCGUGCUGCAUCGCGGCGGCCGCCGCUUCAGGCCAGAGCGCCUACGUCGAGUACGGCGUCGUCCCGGACGUGAUCGACGCCACGCCGGCGGCCACCCUCGAGGCCGAGUACCACCAGCCGCAACAUGCUAAGGUGCGGCUCGGCAACGAACUGACCCCGACGCUGUCCCAGAACCGGCCCGCCAUCUCCUGGCCCACCGAGGAGGGCGCCCUGUACACCCUCAUCAUGACCGACCCCGACGCGCCCAGCAGGGCCAACCCCAUCCGGCGGGAGUUCCUGCACAUGCUCAUCGUCAACGUCCCCGGCAACGACAUCGCCAAGGGCGACGCCCUGUUCGACUACAUCGGGGCCGGGCCCCCGAAGGGCUCAGGACUGCACCGUUACGUCCUGCUCGCCUACAAGCAGCCGGGCCACAUCGACGUCGACCAAAAAACCGUUCCCAGCACCACCUUCGCGGGCCGCCCCAACUUCUCCGCCCGCAAGUUCGCCGCCAGCAAGAACCUGGGCGCCCCCGUGGCCGGCAACUUCUUCCAGGCGCAGUGGGACGAGCACGUGGAGGAGCUCAUGAAGAGCCUCAAGCAUCCAGUAGCCGCGUUGCAGGUCGAGUACGCCGGCGGCCUGGUGGUGGACGACGGCAACGAGCUCACGCCCACGCAGGUGCAGCACCAUCCCACGCUGGUCACGUGGGCCGCCGAGGAGGGGGCGCACUACUGCCUCAUCUGCACAGACUUCGACCCGCCUGGCCUGGAGCUGGAGGACCCCAGGAAGAACGAGGUGAUCCACUACAUGGUCGGCAACGUCCCCGGCAACGCGUUGCACGACGGCGAGGUGCUGUUCGAGUACAUUGGCGCCGGCGCGCGGCAGGGCACUGGUCUUCACAAGUACGUCUUCCUUCUUUACAAACAGCCCGGGAAAAUUAACUUCAAUCAAGAAAGAGUAUCGAAAAUUUUGGUGAGCAGCAAGACAUCCUCGUCCACGUCCACGUUCAUCAACAUGGAGGCACACGGCGUGGUCCCCGACAUCAUCGACGUGGCGCCCGCCGGCACGGUCAAGGUGGCGUACCCGAGCGGCGUGGCCGUCGACAACGGCAAGGAGCUGACCCCGCGGCAGGUCAAGGACCAGCCCAGCGUGACCUGGGACGCCGAGGACGGCGCGUUCUACCUGGUGGUGAUGACAGACCCCGAUGCCCCUAGCCGGGAGAACCCUACCAAGCGGGAAGUCCUGCACUACAUGGUGGGCAACGUUCCCGGCAACGACAUCAGCAAGGGCGACGUCCUGUUCGAGUACUUGGGAUCGGGCGCGCCCGAAGGCACAGGACUGCACCGCUACGUGUGGCUCGUCUACAAGCAGCCGGCCAGGAUCGAGUUUAAUCAGGAAAGAGUUUCGUGCCGGUCCAGGAAGGGCCGCCUCAACUUCUCGAUCCGCAAGUUCGCGGCGGAGAAGCAGCUGGGCCAGCCGGUGGCGGGCAACCUCUUCCAGGCCCAGUGGGACGACUACGUGCCGAUCCUGCAGGCGAACAUGCUCGUCGAGUAGAAGUUGAGAAUAAAGGUGUGAAAACAAGA